AUGUGUAUAUACGAAACAGUACAGAACCUUUUGUCAUUUUUUGCCAUCGAAGCCCAAUCGAUCAAGUUGUGUAGCACAUUGCAAAAAUGCCUCUUUUACAAAGACACUGCACAUCCGAACACAUAUUCGCAGCGCAGCCUCUUAGCCAAGCAAUCGCUAGCCCGAGGCUGUUUUGCUUUGUCUGAAGCAUGGACUACUUUGUCUCCAUCUCGUCCAGAAGUUCCCCCCUCAUCCCUGCCUUAG